AUGUCGAAGAACUAUCUAAUCACAGGUGCCUGUCGUGGCAUUGGCAGAGGCCUGUCUCGACUGCUGCUGCAGAAAGGCCACCGCGUCUUCCUGCUCGACAACAAUGAUGUCGAAAUCGAGCAAAUGAAGCAUCAGAUCCCAAAAUGGCUCUCCAAUUUGACAUUUUCGUCGGAUGCACAGUCUCGUUACGAGAUCUUGAGAGCGGACAUGUCCCGGAAAGAAGACAUCGAAAUGGCAGCACGCUCGGCCUCGGCAUUCUUUGACGGAAGUUUAGACGUGCUGGUCAAUAACGCGGCAAACACGUCAGGUGCACAUGGUCCGGGGCUUGAGUCUGAAGACUUUUUAGCCGUAUGGGAGAACAGUGUGCAGGUCAAUCUCACGGGCAGCGCGCUGCUGUCAAGGGCCUGCCUACCGAUGCUGAAGAGGCAGCCCCCGAGGAGACCCCAUGGCGGUAACAUAGUGAUGGUAUCGUCUACACGUGCAUACCAGUCAGAGCCCAAUAGCGAAGCAUACGCAAGCACGAAGGCGGGCUUGCUGGGACUGAGUCACGCCAUGGCUUGCUCACUGGCCGACGAUGGCAUCAAGGUCAACGCGAUUCUCCCGGGCUGGAUCAAUGUGGUUCACGAGAGCAAGGAAGGGGAUGAGCAGGGCAUGAAGUGGGAGGAUGGGCUCAGCGAGGAUGACCAGCGAUGGCAUUUCUCGGGCCGCGUGGGCAAAGUGGAAGAUAUUCUGAAGGCUGUGGAAUACUUCUCCGACAGCGACAGUUUCAUCACAGGCGAAGAACUCAAAGUCGACGGCGGUGUCACCAGGAGAAUGACAUACCCCGAGUGA